AUGUACACCUUCACAGAUUGGGAGUAUACACUCAACCCACAUGGACCUUCACAGAUUGGGAGUAUACACUCAACCCACAUGCCCCCUUCACAGAUUGGGAGUAUACACUCAACCCAUAUGCCCUUUCACAGACUGGGAGUAUACACUCAACCCACAUGCCCUCUGGAUUGGGAGUAUACACUCAACCCACAUGCCCCCUAUGUAGCCUUGGGAGUAUACACUCAACCCACAUGCCCCCUAUGUAACCUUCAAGAGGAAAUGGAGAAGACCCACCUGAUUCGGUGUCCCACAGGAGAAAAUGAAGAAGACCCACCUGAUUUGGUGUCCAGCACUAAAGACAACGACGGAAACCCAGAGAUACUGGGAAGCAAAAAUAAAGACAAGGACGGAAAGCCAGAGAUACUGGGAAGCAAGGAGACAGCUAAGAAACUGCUAUUCAUUAACUGCUAUAAAUGAUAUUUAAUCAUGGUUCUGUCAAAAAGAAACAUAAAUUUCUUUUUUGAUGCAAAACAAAAAGAUGAAUUAAAGAAGGCAUUCGACCUGUUAGAUGGAGAAGGCAUUGGAAAAAUAGAUUCAGAUGAUAUCUUCAUUGUAAUUCGCGCUCUUGCUAUACAUGUAACUCCUUUUGCAAUUUCAAAAUUGCUUAAACGUUACGAUCCUCAACGUACAGGAACCCUGGAUUUUAGAGCAUUUCUUUCCAUAAUGGAAAUUCUAAUUUUUAGCCAAUUCACAGAUGAUGAAAUAAGGAAAUCGUUCGAGAUAUAUUGUCAACAGGAUUCUAAAUCUCUUCAAUUUGAUGACUUGAAACGAGUAGCCAUGCAGUUAAAUGAAAAUAUUUGUGAAGAAGAUCUACAAGUUUGA